AUGAAAAGCGAAGAAGUGAAAGCUAUCAUAAACCCAAUUUACGAGCAAGCGAUGAAGAACUACCAAGCUAAAAAUUUGGAGAAAGCCGUGGAAGCCCUCCAUAGCAACGCCGUAUUUGUUCACAAAGGAGUCGACGUUUCUUAUGGCAAAAAGAGUAUUAUAGACAAAUUAAAGAAGCUGACGGAAGAGUAUGGUGAAGUGAAGUUUGAGAAAGUAAACCAAACUUUUUGUGGAUGUGAGUGCUGUCUAUGCACAUCUUACGAGUGGAAGGUCGACUCAUCCAAAAAAGGGAAGGUGACGGCAACAAUCUUCCAGAUCUAUAAAAAGGAAGGUGAUAAAUGGAAGAAUUACCACCAUGAGAUGGAAAUCCAUGAUAAAUAA